UUGCCGCCUGCCCAAUACCCUGCAAAGGUCCUGACCUCCGAGCACAUGGAUUUUCCAAGUGUUGCAGAGAAUGAGAACGUGCAGCUGCGGGACAAGAACGAGAGGCUGGACGGGCUCGGGGACCCACAGGAGAGGAUGGGGAAGGUGCCUGGCUCCAAACCAGAUUUGUCAGCCAGGGUGGUCUUCAGUGAAGAGGAAAAACUGAAGAUUUCCAAAGACCUCAUUGAUCUCCAUAUCGAGACAAACAAGAUGAAGGAGCAGUAUGAGAUGGAGAACUUUGAACUGAAAAAUAUGAUCCUGUCCCUGGAGAACCGCGUGCUGGAGCUGGAGCGCUGCAGUGAGAAAGUCACCGGGGAGCGGGAUGCCUUACGGGAACGUCUGCAGGCUCUGGAGAGCAGUCGGAAGGAGCUGGCAGAUGAGUACAUCAUUCUGAAAAGCAAUUACCUGGCCCUGGGCAAAGAGCUGGAGCAGGAGGUCAUGAAGAACGAAGAGCUCAGCCGAGAGCUGCUCAACCUGGCCAGCGCCAGGAGCACCCUUCCCCGCACAGACAGCAACCUCCACCGCUCGCCCGCCGCGGCCGAGGGAUCCGCUGCUGAGCUGGAAAGAGCGCGAGUGAUGGUGCGACAGCUCUCAGCUGGGAAGGUGGAGACAGAAGAUGUAGUUGCCUCUGAACGUGAGCAGCAAAAGCUGGAGAGAAACUUGCUUGGAAACCAGGAUCACAUAAAAGUGGAGCUUGAAAAUCUGAAGAAAACCUACAACUUGCAGCAGCAGAAGCUGGAAGAGAAAGUGAUCGCCAUGGAGAAGGAGCUGCAGGAGACGAAGGGAGCGAUCGGGGAGACCCAGCACAAGCUGGUGGAGCAGUCAGCGGUGCUGCUCUCCUCCCAGAGCCAGCUCCAGGAGGUGGAGGCAGAAAACUCCCGGCUGCAGCUCCAGCUGAAGGCACUGAACGAGGAAUAUCGCUCCCGGCUCGCGCAGUACAUCAAGGAUGUGGCGGACUACAUGGACAGCAAAUCCGUCGGCGUAGCGGGACCUGGCAAAGCCCCAGCUGACCCCGUUGCCAUGAAGUGCUUUGUGGACGGCAUGCUGAAGGAUAUCAGGGCUUCCUACAAGUCUCGGGAAGAGCAGCUUGCCGCAGCGGCGCGUGGCUACAAGAAACGCAUGAAGAACCUGGUCAAGAAGCACGAGAACCUGCUGAUUGCUUACGGGCUCCAGCGAGAGCGGAUCCGGUCCCUGGGCAGCAACACUACGGACUGCGGCCCUGCUGAGCUCCACUUCUCCAUCACAGACCCAGAGCUGCUGACAAACACAACCCGAGAGCUGAACCGGCUGCGGGAGGAUAAAGCAAAGCUGGAGAUGCAGUUACAGGAUCUGCGGAAGAAAAGACCGAAAGAAACCUCUGGCUUCCUGCAGUCUCCUGAGCAGCAGCUGGACGAGGAGGGCUGGGCAGAGGUCAGGAAGCAGCUCCGGGCGUUCACGCACACCACCCAGGUAGAGAUCUGGAACAGCCCCUCUGAGGAAAGCUUAGCCCUUACCCAGGUGUCGCAGAUGCGCUGCCCUGGGGCCAAUGCGCUGCUCCAGGAUGGAGCGGGGAAGCUUUCCACGGAGCCUUGCCAUGGCUUUGGCCUCAGCCCACCGAGUGACUCCCACAGGUACAAGCAGGAGAUCCUGCGGGCAGGGACGCUCGCGGGCAGCGAGGUGCCCCGCGUGCUCAGCGCCGGGGCGGCCGAUAGCACCCACACACUGCCCAGAGCCAGGAAGACCGUCAGCCACCAGCCGUAG